CACCAGCCUGCGUCCAUCAUCUCUUUCCUUCCACGGUGACGACCUACCUCUAUCCUUCCCUCCCACUCCGCUCGUCGUGGUUUCCGUCGUUAAAAACCCUUUCCUCGUUGUCGUCCGUGACUUUUGACUCUUUUGGCUCAUCCUGAAGGAGCGGAUUCUUGUCAUUUGGGCUCCACUGUCUUAUCCUCGUCUUUGACACACCCAUACCCUCAGCAUCCCUCAUCUGAAUUCUCCCCAUCCUUGUCACAUCACACCAUGUCUGUGAGCUCCAAUAACCCUCCCGACCACAGCGACACACCGUCUGUGAGCUCGGAAGAAGCUGGAAAUCCGUUCACUCAAAAUGUUGUAUCGAGCUCAGCAAUGUCGAGUGCAGGAAGCCUGGUGGCGCCCAUCGAUGUGGUGACCGGCGCAGAUGCGAACAGAGAAAUGGCAAACAAUGCUGGUGUAGGGAGUGGUGGGAUAACCGCCGGAAGCGCAACAUCUAGAAGUACUGUAGCUCACUCAGCAUCGAGACCAGUGUCAAGAGGCAGUUCAGUGCAUCUUAGUGGUUCUAAUGGACCGCCCCGGAUUCCAUCGACAGUCUCUUCAGGCGCUAGUUCAAUAAUGCCAAGCGGUUUCGCCAGUUCCUCCAUUUACAAUCUUCCUGCUGGCGGUAAAGGUUCUAUGGUUCUGUACAGGUUAGCCGACCCGACCUCCCCCCACCCUCCGGGGCUACCAUCUUCAGCGUAUCCAGGAAGCAAUCCCCAGUCUGCCACUAACUCUAACAGAAAUUCUUCUGCUUCCGACUCCGUCAACGUAGCGUUAAUACCUCCCAUGAAACCGUUUGGUGGAGGCGGUUCGAAUAGAUCGAGUGUCGUAAGCUUUGGAUUGGGCUAUGGAGAGGAUACGGAUAACAAGUAUCCUAGCCUGCGGGAACACCCUUCCAUGGGAUUAUUGAGUGUCAGAAGCGACGGAACAGGAACCUCGAACGGCACGGUUGCAGGUUACGGCUUCGGUGGUCUUUCACUGACGACUGCAGCCCGGAUUGCAAAUGCCGAAUCCCAAUCGCCCUUUUCCCACCAUCCCAUCCAUCCACCCAACCUUUCGCCUCCGACUCCCGCCCAUUCUCCUGGCCUAGGAAACCCACGUCCAGCGUUUAGUAACGCCUCGGGAAGCACACCAGGAACACCUAACACACCAAUGUUCUCGCCUUUGCCUUUGAACGCUCCGCGUGGGCUGAUACCUUACGCUUAUGAUCCUGCUGUGGAUUCUCUUUUACCGGAUGACGAUGAGGAUGUGUUACAUGAUCCAAGUGCAAGUCUGGAGGCCGAGAAGAAGUUAUACUCGAAGGGUGGACUUUUGUAUCACAAUGGUAAUAGGAAGGGUGGUUCUUCGUCUUGGUCUUGGAGGGGGAUCUGGAAUCUAGGGUUGCUUGCAUUGAUGUUACUGGCCUUGAUCGCACUGUUUUUGCUCUAUCCCGUCAUCACUGAGCUACACUCAAGAGCUCGCAACGACGCCAUCAAUGGCAAUAUUAGAGUGAACGCUACUGGCCAAGCGCCGGUCUUGCCUAACGUUAGAGAGCUGGUUGAUAAGGAAACACCUCAAAGCGCCCGAACCCGAAAAGGAUUUGACGGCGAGGAAUAUGAAUUAGUGUUCAGUGAUGAGUUCAAUGAGGAUGGACGAACGUUUUGGCCAGGAGAUGACCCGUAUUUUGAAGCGAUGGACUUCUGGUAUGGUGUUACGGGUGACUCGGAAUGGUAUGAUCCUCAGCAGGUAACGACGCGGGAUGGUGCACUUGUCAUCACAAUGGAUAGUGCCGAUACUCUGACUCCCGGGUUAACCCCCGGUUCAACAGCUCCAUUCACCCCUGACGAAAAUCACAAUUUGGCUUAUCGUAGCGGCAUGCUGCAGAGCUGGAAUAAGCUUUGUUUCACAAACGGUUAUGUUGAAAUCAGCGUUACAUUGCCUGGCCCGAAUGGUGAAGCUGAGGGCUAUUGGCCAGGAGCUUGGACGAUGGGGAACUUGGGACGACCGGGCUAUCGAGCUACUACUGAUGGGAUGUGGCCUUAUAGCUAUGACGCAUGCGAUGUCGGUUCUUUCCCGAAUCAGACAAUGAAGGACCAAUCUGGACCCGCUGCAGCGUUAUCUAGUGAACGUAGCUGGCCUCAAUACGACAUGAAGCUCAGCGUUCUGACUGGACAACGGUUGAGCGCGUGUAGCUGCCCAUCUUCAGAUCAUCCUGGGCCAUGGUUGGACAAAGAGAACCGGUACCGUGGACGCGGUGCUCCAGAGAUCGAUAUCAUUGAAAUUCAGAAAGACCAAAAGACGGACCCCAUUACUGACAUCCGACUACCUGGGAAUGUUGCCAGUCAAAGUGUCCAGUUUGCCCCGUUUUCUCAUGAUUACACGAUCGUCGAAAACAACAACACCCUCACCAUUUACAACGCAAGCAAUACCUAUACCAACCCGUACCACGGCUCACCUUUACAGCAAGCUGUUUCAGGCUUGACGAAGGUCCCCGCAGACGGGUAUCAGGGGGUGCCCAAUCAGAGGUAUGUUACAUAUGGUUUCGAAUAUUGGUCGGACAUCAACGACCGCGACAACGGACAUAUUACUUGGCAAAUUGACGGAAAGCAGUCCGUGACACUUAGGCCUGGUGUAGUUGGCCCUGAUACAGGUGCUGGAGGUUCACAAGUUGGCCAAAGGUUAGUACCGGAAGAGCCGAUGGCUAUGGUGUUGAACUUGGGCAUCAGUCAGAACUGGCAAAACAUUCGUUUGAAUACUCUCAAGUUUCCGGCUGAGAUGGCAUUCGACUACGUUCGUAUAUAUCAACGAAAAGGCCAACAGAAUAUCGGAUGUAACCCUAAGGAUUAUCCUACUACGGAUUAUAUCAGUCGUCAUUUGGAUCAAUAUUCUGACUCUAAUAAAACGCUGUGGGAAUACCAAAAGCCAUUAAACCGCCUAUACGAUGGGUGCUCAUAGGCAUAGGUGUAACCGAAAGGAACGGAGGUAUAUCAUGCGCCCCUCCUCAUUUGUAUCGAAACUUCCGCUUUCCUAUCUUCCAUGGACGGUUUCUUUGACUGUAAAAACAUUCUUUCCCUUUCCAUCUCAUCAGCAUCGGACAUUUAACUUAACAUAUAUACGACGCCCUCAUUGCCACACCUUACUCUAUCACCCUUUCACUCAUGUGUUCAAUUCUUUCUUCGUCGGAGGUUAUUGUGUCUACCAGGCUGACCCUGAGUACAGAGUUCUGUUUCCAAUGUACCUUUCUUCUGUUUUCUAGCUCCCAAAGAUAAAGUGUUGGUGAACUCCCAUCUUCCUCGUUCAUUAUCACUGCCCUCGUUAUCCCAUCACUCUUUACAGAUUAGCCACGUCAAUUUAGAGAUAUUUGGCUUCCACAACAGACGAUAUGUUUUCCAUCUGCGAUGACUCUUGGAGCAUACUUUUAGAUACGUACGCUAUCCUGCCUGAGCUCUUCGACCGCUCCUCGACUGGGAACAGAUCUAGACUCGAAUACUUAUC